GCGGGUCACGUGUAGAUAGGGCCCCUUUAAAGGCCCUCUGCCUCAGUUGGCUCUUGCCUUCUGCCAUCUGAACUUGCAGCUCCCGUCCACCCCAGCUGUACCAGUCACCAUGGAGAAGGCCCUUGUCCUUCUGCUUGUGGCCCUCGUUGCAGUGGCCUACGCAGCUCCUGGACCCCGGGGUAUUGUUGUCAACCUGGAUGAAGGUGAGAUCUGCUUAAACAGUAUGCAGUGUAAGAGCGGGUGCUGCCAACAUGACACCAUCCUGGGCAUCACCCGUUGCACACACAAGGCCAUGGAGAACAGCGAGUGCUCCCCAAAGACCAUUUAUGGGAUCUACUACAGGUGUCCCUGUGAGCGGGGUCUGACCUGUGAGGGGGACAGGAGCAUCAUCGGUGCCAUCACCAACACCAACUACGGCAUCUGCCUCGACUCCGGGCGCUCUAAGCAGUGAGACAUGCAGUUAGCUGGGCCACCUCUCUCUUCCUCCAUCUGUCCCAUCUGAGCCAGCUGCUGGCAAUUAAAGCCCACUUGCAACCUU